CAACGAGAUGGAGGGGAUGGAAUUUUGCGUUCUGCCUCGACGUCCAAUGAUGGAAUUCAGCCGCAGUUAUUAGUCCAAACAAUUCUUUAGAGCGGAGCAAAGAAUUCAAUUAAUGCGGUAGAAGAUGCUGAGGGAAGCAACAUGUCUUCGCAAAGCUAAAAGAUCAAGCCGCUUGGAGAAGGAUUGGUCGUCGAAGAUUCGAAACGCUCUUCGUUGAAUACGGUUAAGUGGAAGGAGCUAGGGAGCCCUGCCCAGAGGUGAGAACAGUACUCCAUGUCUGGCCGAAUUUAAGUUUUAUACAGUUGCACGGAGUGAAGUAGCGUCUUGCUUCGUUGAGCACACCAAGCUUUUUGCAGGCUAUUUUAGCUUUUCUCUCCAAAUGACCGCGAAACUAAACGUUCGAUAAGUCAACGCCAGGUAUUCCGAUGCUAGCUGUGGCUUUAAGAAAAGUGUCUUUGAAAAGAGGAGUAGCGAUAAAAGGUGUGGUUUUAGCGGAAAACGCGCACGCUUGUGUUUUGGCGCAUGACCCUGACUCGCAUACUCCCGCUUGCGGCAUAAAAGAUAUUCCAAUUUGAACACCGGAUAAGAGGGGUAGGAAGUAUCAGCCGGGGAGAAAAUUGAGUCCAGUGAGUGUAGAAGGAGUUGCCUUCGGUAAAUUCUUCCGUUUGCCGAGUUGUUCCGAUUAAUACCUGCGGCUGAAUUUCAUCAUCGGACGUCGAGGCAGAAUACGAAAAUCUACCCGUAUCACCUCGAUGUCCGCCGUUCCAAAACUGGGGGUUUUCAAGGCAGUGAAGUAUUUCCGAACCAAUUCGACUUAGGGACCUUCAAGAGGGAAGAGAUUCUUAAAUUGCCGGAAACGUGACCCCUCUGGCAUUGAGAGUGUCCAUGGGUGGGUCCACUUAACAUCAGAUGAGCCUCCUGCCCGUCUGCCUCCUGUAACAUAAAAAAAACCUUACACAUAGAAGCAAUUAAGUCCAAGGGAAAGUCUUCAAUCAGAUGUGGCACAAAGCACUUCUCUCGGAGUUUCCUGUCUAUGGGCUACCUGAUAAAUCAUGCCACAGGAUCUCCAAUUUUCUGGCCGAUUGGAGCAUCAGGGUCAUCAUUAAUUGAGCAUGUUUUGAUUACAAACCCGUCAACGCUGGGAUUCCACAAGGCUGUAUCCUAUUCACGACCAUUUUUCUUCUGCAUAUUUUGGAAUAAAUUCGACUAAGGGUCCUUCAAGAAAAAAAGCGUACCAAUAAUUAAAAGACUGUCACCGCCACUUGUGAGUCCUCUGGCGUUGAGACUUGAGAGUAUCACUAAACAUCAGGUAAGCCUCCUGCCCGUUUGACCCUUUCUAUAGAAAAAUUCGUUCAUAGCAACUCUGGAUAUGCACAAUUUGUAUAAAAUUAAAUGAUCUGGCAGCCCUGGUAACAAACCUUAUCAACAAUUAUGUGUUGUGAUAACUAGUAUAUAUUAGAUUUAUUAGAUGUCUGUGUUAUUAUGACUUCGGCUGUUGCUUGAUAUACGCUUAUUAGUCUAUUAUUUAGUAGGUGUAAAGCCGAAGUAACUUUCUUGUUCAGUUAUUUCAUUUAAAUAGUCUCUUUAUUAGAAUUAAAGAUUUUAGUGGAUUUUUUAUUAUCAUGACUUCAACGCCGAGAGUUCUUUCUAUUCAGAGUCAUGUCGUUCAUGGUUACGUGGGAAAUAAGAGUGCUGUAUUCCCACUUCAAGUUCUUGGUCUAGAAGUAGACGCAAUCAAUACUGUGCAAUUUUCAACUCAUACUGGAUACAAAGAUGUUAAAGGAACUGUUUUACAAAAUGAGGAUAUGGAAGAACUCAUAAACGGUCUUGUUUUGAAUGAUGUUGACUACUAUACACACUUUUUAACAGGCUAUUCAAGAUCACCAGAAUCCUUAAAAAAGAUUGCACAAAUAAUUAAAAAUUUGAGGGUAAAAAACCCUGAUCUAGUUUAUGUAUGCGAUCCUGUCAUGGGUGAUAAUGGUAAGCUCUAUGUGCCUGAGAGCAUUUUACCAGUUUAUAGGGAUGAUGUGGUACCAUUAGCUGACAUUUUGACCCCGAACCAAUUUGAAGCAGAGUUAUUGACUGGUCUGACUAUGAAAGAUUUGGAUGGGGCAGUGAAAGUAAUACAAGCUCUACAUAAUAAAGGUGUGAAAACAGUUGUCCUGUCAAGUACAGACUUAGGAGAUGGUAAAAACAUGAUUGCCAUUGCCAGCAAUAAAGAUUGCUGUUACCAGGUACAGAUACCAAAAGUGGAUGCAACCUUUACAGGCACAGGAGAUUUAUUUGCAGCAUUGUUUUUAGCAUGGUCAUACAGAACUAAAAACAAUUUAAAGUUAACUUUAGAGCAAACAAUUGCCACACUACAAGCAAUUGUUAAAGACACCUAUGAUAAUGCUAGAAGAAUUCAACCCCUUGGAAAGAUUCCACCUAAGAUGAUAGAGCUACGGUUAAUUCAAAACAAGCAGAUUAUUGAGCAACCCAAAAUCACCAUAAUGGCUACGGAGAUAAAACUUAAGUGAUAAAGUGCUUAAUUUGUUGCAAAAAACUUAACAAAGUUAUAUGUUGCAUUUAAUAUAAUAUAAUGUUAUGCAAUGUUAAGAAAGAAGACAAUAAUACUAGUUAAUCAUUGUUUUUAUUAGUGUGGAUAGUAAUUAAGCCUAGUUUAUUACUGUGUCACUUAAAUAUAAAUAAAGUUUAUGACACAUUAAAUGAGCUAAAGUAAUAUUUUAAUUCAUACAACUACCUAUUCAAAAUAAGUGAAAACUUUGUUAUCAGUAGAAUACUAUGGCAAUAUAUAAUAUUUUCGUUGCUUAUUUGUUUUGAUUAGAUAAGGAUAUACAGUAUUAUAUAUUUAUGAAAAUACCACACAAAAUCUUUAAUUAAAAAUGAAACGACCAAUGAAGUCUUCCAAAAAGAUGUCUGUGAUUUCGAUUCAUUUGUUUGAUUGUUAUGUAAUUUUAGCUUAAAUCAAUAUUGUUACAGUAAGGAAAUAAAAGUACAAUUAUUAGUU